AUGACCGCCGAUGUCCACAGCGCGGCAUCGCGAGUUCUCUCCGCAGAGCCUAUGCGGGACCCCAGUUACAAUGACUUUUCCUUCACACCAUUCCUUCGCCGAAGCUUCGGAUUUGGUCUCGCCAGUGAUGUGCCCGUCUGCAAAGCCUACGGUGAAGGUCACUGCCCCCUAGGGCCUGCUUGUCCCGAUCGCCAUCCCACGCCCUCGCGCAUCACCACAUCCACGACCACUGCCUCCGGCAUGGCCCCAUCCACUACACAUGGCUCCCUUGUCUGCAAACAUUUCCUGAAGGGUCUGUGCAAGAAAGGCGUGAAAUGCGAGUACCUACACGAAUACAACCUACGGCGCAUGCCCGAAUGCGCAUCCUUUUCGCGGUCCGGAUAUUGCCCCAACGGCGACGAUUGUCUCUAUCAGCACGUGCGAGAGGAGGCUCGACUCCCGCCUUGCGAGCACUACGAUCGGGGCUUUUGCGAGUUGGGUCCUCUUUGCGCCAAGCGCCAUGUUCGUCGGAAACUCUGCUUAUUCUAUCUUGCCGGGUUUUGUCCCGAGGGGAAAGCGUGCGCCAAUGCACACCCACGAUGGACCGAGAAUCUCCCACGACCUACGAUGCGGACUGAAAAGACCGAGGAGGAAUUGGAGCAUGAGCGGGCUCUGAUUCGCGAGGAACAGGAGCGAGAGAAAGAACGCGAGCGAGAGUGGCGGAGCGAGCGAGGCCGCGGGGGCGGUUUCAUGCGUGGUCGUUAUCGCGGUCGAGGCCGGGGGUAG